GGUGUCGCGGCCAUGUUGGUCAAACGCGCAAUUGUCGCUUGCAACAUCCAGCAGAGGUAUCGCCUAUGCGGGCAAUUUUCUGACAGAUCUGGCUGCUUAAACCAACCAUCGGAACACGACAAACAAGAAGAGCCUUUACUCUGUAACCAUAUGCUUCUGCACGAGGACAGCGAAGAAAAGUGAUUCCAUUUUGAGCUUCAAUUAGAUCCCAUGGAGGAUAAUAUUUGUGACACUGAAGAGUGCAAAGAGGAGUGGACUGCAUGAAACCAAGAGUGAGGAAGGGUUGAGAUUUGCAGCUCCACCUCCUCUAAGAUCUUCCUUUCCCCCAUCAUGAGCACCGGUGGGAAUGGUCGACCUAAUGGGAGCUUGCCCCAGACCAAGAUCUGCCAAUUCAAAUUGGUGCUGCUGGGGGAUAUGGCAGUGGGGAAGUCCAGCCUUGUGCUUCGAUUUGUCAAGGGCCAGUUUGAUGAAUUUCAGGAGACCACCAUCGGAGCUGCAUUCCUGGCCCAGUCAGUAUGUCUGGAUGACACAACAGUGAAGUUUGAAAUCUGGGAUACAGCUGGCCAGGAGCGUUAUCACAGCCUGGCACCCAUGUACUAUCGUGGUGCACAGGCAGCCAUUGUUGUUUUUGACAUCACUAAGCCGGAGACAUUUGAACGUGCCAAGGCCUGGGUGAAGGAGCUGCAGAGACAAGCCAGUCCCAACAUAGUGAUCGCCUUGGCAGGGAACAAGGCAGAUCUGGCUGAGAAGAGAUUGGUGGAGUAUGAGGAUGCCCAGACAUAUGCAGAAGACAUUGGUUUACUCUUCAUGGAGACGUCGGCCAAGACCGCCAUGAAUCGAAAAAGAUGCCAAAAACAGACUCCCAGAAUCUCACACACUCUGCACGAAAUAGGGGAGUUAACCUCCAAGAUCCGGAUUCCCAGUCUUCCCAGAGGUGCUGCGGAAACUAAGUCCUCUGCAAAUCGCCUCGCCAGCUGAGAAGCCGCCAAGCCCAGAUUCCCCCAUUGUACACCCACCAUCCGCUAUGACAGAUGUAGAGUUUCGGACACUAAAAGUUUUUUUCCCCCCAUCAUCAUUCCCAGCUAUGUUAUGACUGUACAGGUUGAUAAUCCGGUGUGUCAAUGUAAGGAUUCAGAAUGAGUAACUCAUUUUAGUAACCAUCAUUACUAGGUCAAAAUGGAAAGUGAGAAAUGUACCAGGAGAGGCCAGCUGUAUGUCUACCUUGCAGUGAUAUUUUUUCCUUUUCCUGGCCUAAGACCUAGUUGUAUAUAAGUGAAGGCACUCAGUGUUCUGAAAAAGAUCCAGAGCCACUAAGGCUCAACCAAAUGUGAUUAUUUUGUUUUAACCACAAGGCUGCUCCAAAAGUAAUGUUCUUAAUUGUACUUCUUGAGAAAUGGGUGUAAAAUGUCUUCCUGAUAUCUUGUUUUGAGUGACCCCUGCUGACUUCCUAGUAGAGCUAAUGCUUGUUCACUGUUUGGCCACUGACUGUGUCACCUUAAUCUCUCCCUUCUUCUCCAUCCACCAUAUGAUUAUUUAACACCAACAUGUCUGUGUACAUUUGCAAUCAAAUGUAUUCAACCCACUUAACCUUAACUGGCUAUCUGCUGUUAUGAGUGCAGUCAUGAAACUAAAUCAACUUUAAUGCCCAAGUUUUUAACUAAUACACUUAACAGCGAGUUCACACGCAGUUCAAACCAAAAAACUUCACGUGCAAAAUUAUUCAACCCUCAAAAGUCAGUUUUACUACACUACGUGAUCUAAAACAGCGCACCUCAAGCAAGCGUGCGCUCACAAGCUUGACACCUGUUAUCCUGUUACCUCCGGAGUCCCAUUCCUCACAAGCAAUAGCUUCCAUCUUAGUCAUAUUCUUUGGCUUCUGUGCUGCCACCUGAUUCUGUAGUGCUGCACUGCAUCCCAAUAAAGACGGGAUUCUAGGGAUUCAGAUGGCUGACCCAUGACAUGUCAGGUCUGAUAACUCAGUCAAUCUGUGGCUGAUUGGAUAGUGGUUGGAGGCACAUUAUCUUGUUGAAGACCCUUUACCAAUCGGUGUCUUGGGACAGGAAGAAUCAUGGAACACUUUUGGCCGUUGCCUUUCAUAUAAUGCUACACUGCUACUCAGCUUGAGCACAUACCUUAGAUGUGUAUAUAUACGCCGCACACACUUAAUCACAGCUUAGAAAUAAAGUGUCAUUAUAUAGCUUGUCCAAGGUUUAAAUUAUGUAUCCUUACUUGGACUGGUUAUGUAUUACAUUAUUGAAUAGGGUUUCAAUAAUUUUGCACGCAGUUUGUGGAGAGAAUGAUUCUGACCCAUGUUCUCAUAACCAUCCAAAUCAUCUUAAUUAUAUAUGAUACUAGGGCCUCCAUUUAUGUAUUUUAAUUAACUUUUACUCAAAAUGUUGAGGGUUAAGGGGGUUCAAUGAUUUGAAUUGUAAAUGUUAAAGAAGGAAUGGGGGUAAAGAUGAAAUCACAUAAACAUGUCCACAUAUAGACACACACACACAAGCUUCUGAAAAAUCACAAUAUGUCACAUAUAAACUCAUGGAAGUCUUUGUGUGACUUGUCAUGGUUUGUGUGUGUAUAUAUAUAUAUAUAUAUAAAAAAUCCUCCCCCAUUUCUUCUCUGAAUCACGAUAAUUCAGUUACUGAAAAGUGUCUAUGUGUGUAUACAACACACACACACACUAGGACUGGUAAGUAUUUUGCUUGAUGCCCAAGAAAACGAGAGGUAUCCAUCAUUUGUUGUAAUUGGUUGCUUUUUGUCCGACAGUGACAAUGUGGUGUAAAAGUCUAAACAAGUGAAGGCCCACAGUGGAAGCCUGGAGAAAAGUGCCUAUUUGUGUCCCUCCCCCACCACCACCACCACGUUUGGGUUUCCUUGAGUGGUAAUUCAGUUAAUGUGACUUUUAGAAUAAACAUGGACUUUGUUGAAUGUGGAUGUGAGAAACCUAUCUGUGUGUAAGUAAAUUACUUUUAAAGUGUUAAAGGAAAGUGCGAGGCUAACACACGGCUACGUGUUUGACUUCUUUUGAAGACAAACUGGCCGCUCAUUUAAUGACGACAUAACAACUCCAGUGAGUUUGAGAUCAAUAAAUACUGUGCAACACUG